AUGCUUCAGAACUCUAAUCAAAUAGUUUCUAGACACGGAAUACCAGGCGAAGUCCACACUGAUCCAGGUAGGAACUUUGAAUCCAAGCUGUUUUCAGAAAUAAUGACUCUACUUGGAAUUAAGAAAACUAGGACUACCCCUUUACAUCCGCAAUCAGAUGGACAAGUUGAACGCCAACAUAGAGCAAUUCUCGAUUUUCUGGCAAAAUUUAUUUCAGACAAUCAAAAAGAUUGGGAUCGUUGGAUUCCUAUGUUUUUACUGGCAUAUAGAUCUUCAAAACACGAAACUACAGGAGUGUCUCCUUCGGAAUUAUGCUAUGGUCGUGAUCUUAGGCUACCUUUGUACCUUCUUCGGGGUUGCCCUCCAGUUAUCUGUGGAAAGGAGGAUCAAGUGAAAGAAAGCUUUUUGGGAAACUUAAAAGGAAAAUUAGAUCAAAUCCAUUCAAGUGUGAGGGAACGUAUGGAGGUUAAGUCUUCACGGAUGAAAAGGCGCUAUGAUCAAGGUGUUAGACAAAUUCUUUUUCAGGAAGGACAAAAGGUGUGGUUAUUCAAUCCAAAGAGAGAAAGAGGAAAGGCUCCCAAGUUACAGUCCAGUUGGGAGGGCCCUUUCUUAAUAGUCAAGAGGCUUAGUGACGUUGUUUUCUGCAUUCGGAAGUCGCCGAAGCAUAGGUGUAGGUUUAGUAAAAUUCCAUACGAUGAUGAGGAGGAACUCCUAGUGGAGGAUCGCUCUAAAAGAAGACGUUCUUUAAGAAUAAAGAAGACUGCCCUGCCCACGGUUUUUAGAAUCGGGGUUUUCCCGUGUGGCCUUUGGGCGAAUGCCGGGGCAGAGACAGGGAGAGCCCGCGUGGGCAAAGGGUCCCUGUGUAGUUUCCCCUCCCCUGUCCGAAGAGGGAAGAGUCAAGCGCACAAGCCGACUCAGGGAAGAGUCAAGUGCGCAAAAGGACUCAAGGAGGACAUCGUCGAGCGGCAUGCGGGUUCCGCAGAGUGCGGAGUUAUUUGGCAGAGUUCCGGCAGGAAGAGGAUGCCCUGGAGCCAGCUAUGGGAGGAGGAGUCUGGUUGA